GCAUCUGUGUUCUUUUGUCAAAAAGAAAAAAGUAAACGAAACGGCUGAAGUUGUUAUUGUUUUGCUAAAAAAUAUUCCUCUAAUUACGUUUUAUAUAAUGCAAUUAUGACUGCAAAACGAGUUCAUACAUCACAAUCGAAGUUUCAUCAACAAAUUACCGGGCCAUUUGAACUAUUUAGUGUACAAAUAAUUACGAUGUUUUUAGAUUUAUAAGUGCAGUAAAAUGUUACCUGUUUUGAUGUUCAAUAACAUGGAUGGGAGUUCUAACUCGUUAAAUAACAGUCCCGGUAGUAGUUUUAAUAGUUUUUACGAUGAAAGGAUACUGAAUUCCGUGAGGAGUAGGAAGAAAGUGAGUGAACUGCCCAAUUGUCCGGUUUGUUCGUGUACAAUCCGACAAGGCGAGUUAGAUUCUCAUUUGGCGUUGGAAGUAGAAAGAUUGCAAAAGUUAUCAAAUGGCAGUUCCAAGAGGAAAAUCAGCCAGACGUCUCCGAACAAUAGUUUAGCUGUUCCUGGGUCGAGUACCAGCUCGGAAGUAGUCGAAGAUCAGGAUGUUGACGUGUCGGGGUGCCUGGGAAGUGAUGUUUAUCAGCGAGCACACUCCAAUCGCCUCCGACGGCUGCGCGCGCGGCGCCGCGGCUCCCCCGCGCCGCAGCAGGGGGAGUGUCCUGUCUGCAACCUCACGCUGCCCACCUCCAGGUUACAGCGGCAUGCGCUCAGGUGUCUGAAGAGGACCGGAGCGGUGUUAGAUGAAGAUGUACCUGAUACUAGCUCGGAGGACGAGAGUAUUGAUGUUGAGAACGACGAGCCAGUAGCCGAAGAAGCAUCGGGCAGCGGGUUCGGGGCGGAGUACCAGUGGUGCGGCGAGUGGCGAGUGCGCGCCUCCGCGCUGCAGGAGCCUCCGCCGCGGGCCUCCGCCGCGCGCCGCGGCUCCAACGACCAGGCGCUGGUGGUUGACGGCGAUGAGGACACUGAACUCUAUGGACCGGCUCAGUACUCUCCGUCCAGUAUACAUCCUGAUGCUGAAAUCUCAAAAGUUGAGAGCAGUCAAGACGACAAUCUAGAGGAGAACGGUGAGACCUCGGGGAAUGUAGACGUGGAACAAAAUGGGGAAGAAGCGGCAUCAGUCUCCAAGUGCAAUGGGCUGGUUGAGGCUAGUGCGGAGACCAGGAUACAAGCAUUGAGAGCGAGAAUCAAAGAGCUUGAGAAAAAACAAAAUGGCGGUUCCGAGAGCAAAUGUCUGAUCUGUCUGGGGCCCUACACGUCUCCCGCUGUCUCCAUACAGUGCUGGCAUGUCUACUGCGAGGUGUGCUGGCUGCAAUCUCUCCGCGCCAAGAAAAUUUGUCCCCAAUGCAACGCCAUCACAACCACGCAGCAUCUCCGGAGAAUAUAUAUGUAAUAUAUAACUUUUAGAUUAUAUACAGUCUGUCUGUAAAGAGUAGAAAAUUAUUUUUUUUGUUUCAAUUUAAACGUUUAUUCAAGUUCAUCGAUUUCGCAUGCAUAUUCGGUUUCAUUCGGCGCUGUGACGCCGCGAAGCCUGGGUUCGGCGUAAAAAAUAUAUUCGGUUGUGAUUUCACAACCGGCCGCCUGACGUCAACCCUUCCCGGGAAUGCUAUUGUUGCCAAGGUUAUUUGUCCCUUAGUUCUAAGUUUGGUAACCUUUAAAUUUUUUUUUGUGGAAUUAAAAUGAGAAUCGUUCAACAUUCUUGUCGUAGCAAAAAAUAUAUAUGAAUGUUGCAGAAUAUAAACGUAACAAUUUUUCAAUAUGUAUUGUAUAAAUUUGGGUAAUUUUUCUAUAAACUGUAUAUAAUGACUAAAAUCUAUCUUUUUAAUUUAUUUUCUUUAUUCUUUGACUAUUUUCUAAUUUGUACUUUUCUAAAAAACUUGAACAAGGAGAUUUGUUUAAAGACAAAAUUGCUCAAAUUGUAUUUUUUGUAUAAUGUAUCUUAUGUUGGUUUAGUGGAAGCGUCUAAUAAAAGUAAAUAAUAUUACUUGAUUUUAUUGAUAUAGCUAUAAAUAAUUGAUAAGUACUACCACUGUUAUAAACUUCAGCUAUCUAUAUGCACUAGAUGUUGCCCGGGGCUUCGCUCCCGUGUGAAUUUAGCCUAUAGCAAUCUUGGAUAAUGAACCUUUCUAAUGGUGAAGAAUUUUUGAAAUGGGUUUGGUAGUUUCGAAGAUUACCCGCCUCGAACAUACAAACUCACAAACGCUCACCUCUUUAUAAUAAUAAUAUACAUUAAAACAAUAUAUGCAGAUGGCGCGAAAAAUUUUCAACCAAUAUACUAUUUCGCCCAAUCAUAACGCGCCAAGCUUGUUCGCUAUUCGUCGGGUAUUGUUUAUUAUUUUUUGUUGAUCUAGGCUAUUGGUUGCUAUUUACUCAAAUGCAUAUGGCACGAAUUAUUGAUUUUGGUUUAACAUCUAAUGUGAAGGCUAUAAGGUCGAUAUUUUAUUGAUUGUUUUUAUUAGGUUUGAGUCGUUAAGAUAUGAUUCUUCACCAUCGAACAUUGCCGAAGCGACAACAAACAUUUUGUUCUAAUAGAACUAUCUCAUAAUAUAAUUAUAACUAAUUGAACAAAACGUAGAAUUAUAUAAACGUGGUAGUACAUACUUUUAGGUGAAUAAGUUAUUAAAUUGUCUGUAUUAAAUAAGUUGCGACGCGAUCAGAAUGCGGUAAUAACGUCGUAAACAUUAAAACUUGUAAUCGUUCUGUGUUAAUAAAGUUUUUUUUUUAUAAGUAAUAUAAUUAGCGUUCAAAUCUUUAUUAUAUUAAGUUGUAUGGAUAUUUGAAACGCGUCGCUACUUUAAUGAACGUGAAAAUGGUUUCUUUCUAUUCAAAGACAAAAAAAUGGAAUCAAUUAUUAGAUUAACAUUGUUAGUUAAGUAUUACGUAGGCUUGUUGUUGAUAACAAGUGUAUUUGCCUUCUAUGAAGAUGUACAAUAAUAUAGCUAUAGGAAUAUAUUGUGAAUACAAUAUUUUCUACAUAA